ACAUGCUGAGCCAAGCUUUACGUAAUGGAAACUGGCUUCAUCCUCGCUUCUUUUCUGCUCGUUCUGGCGAGCCCACUCGGUCAGAAAACACGCAGGUGACGACUCCUCCGAAGGACCGUCCUCCUCUCCGAGUAUUGUCGGAGUUCGUGGCUUUUCUUCGUUUCUAUCGUCGGGACACCGUCGGUCGCCAGUGUGUUACGCUAUCUGCGGCCUGUUUUCCCUUCGUCGCCGCAGAAAAACGAUUCAGAAGGAAGCUCGAUACUCGGGCAAACAGCCUCGCGAUAUCGAAUUUCACGUAUAUCGCGAGUCGAUGCCAUCACUGCAGAAUGGACGAGCAGAGCAAGGAUAAUAGUACGUCGACGCUUCAAUGGCCGGAUUAUCUUGUCAUCGGUGUAAUGCUGUCGAUCUCAGCCGGCAUCGGGAUCUACUACCGAUUCACCGGAGGCAGACAACGCACGGCCGAGGAGUACUUCUCAGCGAAUCGAUCGAUGGGCGUCGUUCCUUUAGCGAUCGCGUUGACGGUGUCUUUCAUGUCAGCGAUCACGCUGCUAGGGAUCAGCGCGGAAACUUACACACACGGCAUGAAAAUCGUGCUGCUGUAUCUGGGUGGUUUGCUCGGCACCCCGGUCGUCUUGUACCUUUACCUUCCUGUUUUCGCCAAACUCAACAGCAUGAGCGUCUACGAGUAUUUAGAGAAACGAUUCGGAGUAGCAGCACGACUAGUGACCAGCACAGCCAACUUCCUGCAGCUGCUUUUGUACACCGGAGUGGUAUUGUUCGCGCCUUCGCUGGCACUCGAAGCGACCACCGGCCUAUCGGGGAACAUGAGCGUGUUGCUGAUCGGUUUGAUUUGCACCUUCUACUCGACCGUGGGUGGUAUCAAGGCUGUCCUCAUCACCGACGUGUUCCAAGGGAUACUGAUGUUCGCUGGAGUCGCUUGCGUCCUCGCCGUCGCCGUUGACGACCUCGACGGAGGUUUGUCGAACGUGUGGAGCAUCGGCCAAGAUGGCGGUCGAAUAGAAUUUUUCGAUUUCAGUAUCGAUCCAACUGUGAGACACUCCACGUGGGCGUUGGCGAUCGGUGGCACUAGCAUGUUUCUGUCUUUGUACGCGGUGAACCAGGUUCAAGUUCAACGCUUGCUCACUGCCAAGAGUAUCAAAGCUUCGCAUCACGCGCUUUUUCUCAGCGGUCCAAUCACUAUACUUCUCGGCAGUCUGACGGCCUACUGCGGCCUGGUUCUGUACGCGGUGUACAGGUACUGUGAUCCGGUCACGUCCGGCAAAAUCUCCAGCUUCGACAAGAUAAUGCCGUAUUUCGCAGCGGAGAGAAUGUCACGGGUGCCAGGCGUCACCGGCCUCUUCAUAUCCGGUGUGUUCAGCGCCAGCCUCAGCACCAUAUCCGCCAUGUUGAACUCUCUGUCGGCCGUAGCUUUGGAAGACUACGUGAAACCCGCGUGCCGUAAAUUCGGCAAGGAAUUCCCGGAAGAGAAAGCCACGCUGAUCGGCAAAUUUCUAGGCGUGUUGAACGGUUUCUUGUGCCUGGCCGUGGCUUUUAUCGCGAAGUCGAUGGGAUCGUUGGUCGAGGCUGCCGUCGGGAUCUCCGGAGCGAUCGGUGGACCAAUUCUGGGAAUUUUUACGCUAGGAAUGUUCGUCGAGAGGGCGAAUCAAACCGGAGCUAUUGUUGGGAUCGUUACAGCCUUGGUCACGUGCGUCUGGGCAGCGUUUGGACAGCCAAAGCCAAGGACUUCUCUUCUCCCGCUAUCUGUGGAAGGCUGUGGCAAUUCCACAAUGUUCGUGCAAUAUCAAAACGCCACUUUGCCCGAAAACCCGGUGGACGACUCCUCGUACUUUUAUCUGUAUCGUAUAUCGUACCUGUGGUACAACCCGCUUGGACUGAUAAUCACGUUGAUCAUGGGUUACUUGAUCAGCCUGAUUACGAAUAAGAUACUUUACAAGAAUGCUCGCGAGCUGGAGCCAAGCUUGUUCACUCCUCUCCUGGCCUCGCGGAUCAGAAGACGAAGACAGGACGCGGAUAAAACUACGAGCAGUCAGUUGUUCGUCCUGGAGAACAGAAGAUGAGACGAAGAGCGAUCGAAACGAGCGUAAUGUCGAUUGAGAGCAACGCGGAUCGAUCAUCAUUCCGAAAUCACGUCAAAAGGAACUUGAUUCAGCAAGAUAGCGAGCAAUUUCAACGAAUGUUAAGAACGCCGUGACGAAGUGAAAUUCGACGCUACAUUUUCAGCAUCCGUCCCGUAGACAAAAUGAUUUGCCUCAAGAACGAACGAAAUAAUUUAUAAAUUUAUAGAAACCUGUAUUUCGCGUAGUAUCUACGGAUACGUGUACGUCGUAUCUUUUUCUACGAUCAAUUCUCUGCCAAGGAAAACAUCUGUAAACUAAUACUCAUUAGCGAAGUAAACGCAAAUCGA